AAUAUCACCCCUCGAGUCUGUCCGACGUGAACUAACUGGCCACUUUGAAAAGUUGUUGUUAACCGACGACUCUAUCCUAAACACAUACCACAGCAACACGGUAGUUUUUACACGCACCAGCUCUGAGAAUAUACACAGGACAAAAUGCAUCAUAGUUGUUGCAUGUGGAUUUUAGUGAUCGCAACAGCGGUAUGGACGGAUGCAAUGGCAGGACACGAAGACAAAGUGGGGAUUAAAAGUCAACAGGCGCAGCAACAGCAACAAUCCGAUAUUAUGCAAACAAUGGCGGACGGUCAUCCGUCAAUGCAUAUGACGUCUCCGGCAGAGAGUUAUUUCAACGAUCCGCUGGGUCCGUUGGGCUAUCUGGCCAAACGUGCUCACAAGCAAUACGGAUUUGGACUAGGCAAACGUCUUUACCGGCAAUAUGAGUUCGGGUUAGGCAAACGGUCGACGUCAAAGCAGUACGGAUUCGGUCUGGGCAAACGGGCUGCGCUCAAGCAGUACGAGUUCGGCUUAGGAAAACGGGCUUCGCCAUCAUCCUUCUAUAGUUUUGGUCUGGGACGGAGAGCUACGCCACAAUACAAUUUUGGAAUCGGAAAACGGGUGUCGCAGCCGUCGUUCUUAAACGUGGACGAUCGGGAAUCGGACUACACGUACAACGACUUGUCGGAGGAGAGGAAGAGGACGGCCGACGAUAUGGGUCACGGCCAGCGGUUCGCUUUCGGGCUGGGCAAACGAGGUGCGGGGGCGGAAUGGGAAGACGGCGACGGCGAAGGCGACGACUCGGCGCCCAUGUGGCACCCGGCCGUCAGACGGGCACGUCUACAGUACGGAUUCGGACUUGGCAAAAGGGCUGACCGCGACUAUGACGCCGCCGCGGGUACGGAGUACGCGGAUUCGCUACAAUUAGCCGACGACGUCGCCGCCGCUGACAUCAAUAACUAAACAAAAAUAACAAAUUUUCACCCAAACACACACACACACACACACACACACACACAGACAAAUACAAUAUAUACACAAGCGAACAGCCCCGUAAACGUAUUAUAGGUGGAGAUUAGUUUGUUUUUUUUUUGGGAGGGGGGAGGGACUUAGCCUCUCGAUACGAUUUUCUUUUUUUUUUUUUUUUUUUGAUUUUAACGUUUAACAAAUAUUGUUAUAUUUCAUAACGUCCAAUACGGUAUAACGAUCUGUUAAACUAUACCGCGGUGUAUGGUAUUUUUGGCCCGACUAUUCCCAAACCGUCUCUCGUCUUGGAAAUAAAAUAAAAUGUAUUUUAUCAGAAGUAUAUUCGAAAACUGCAAUUAAACAGUUCAACAUAUGUUUUUGGUUUUUUUUUUUUUUUUGUUAUUGAAAUAUUUUAAUGUAUCUGAUUUUUGUUAACUUUCAUUAAAAUAAUGACGUGUUGUAUCAUCAUGAUUCAUGUUUAAUUGUAUAAAAUAACCAAAAGCCAAUUAAAUAUAAUAUAAUAUAAUAUAAUUAUACUUAUAAUAAGAAAGGGAACAUAUAAACAAUUGAAACAUAGUGGUUUUCGUAUUUGUUUGCAUUUUUAAACGAAUGAUUCAUUAAAAAAAAAAAAAAAAAAAUUAAGCCCCACUAAUAUUCGAUUAAAUCUCCACCUAUGAAACAUUUACAAUCAUGCAUAAUGUUUUAUAAAAUUCAGUAUCUACACUCAACUCACAGAAACGUAUUAUUAAAAAAAAACUAAUAAAAUUACAAUAAUAAAGAAAACAGACCGACGAUUUA